CUAGAUAUGUAUAUUAUGGCUUCAGUAUUUCCUUAUGUCUUCAUAGGACCCCAGCUGAAUGCACAACUUGAAGGCUGGCUUUCUCAAGUACAGUCCACAAAGAGACCUGCUAGAGCCAUUAUUGCACCCCAUGCAGGAUAUACCUAUUGUGGAUCUUGUGCAGCGCAUGCUUACAAGCAAGUAGAUCCUAAUAUUACCCGAAAAAUUUUCAUUCUUGGGCCUUCCCAUCACGUGCCCCUUUCCCGAUGUGCACUUUCCAGUGUGGACAUUUAUAGAACACCUCUGUACGAUCUCCGAAUUGACCAAAAGAUUUAUGGAGAACUGUGGAAGACCGGAAUGUUUGAGCGUAUGUCUUUACAGACAGAUGAAGAUGAACACAGUAUUGAAAUGCAUUUGCCUUAUACUGCUAAAGCCAUGGAAAGCCAUAAGGAUGAGUUUACUAUUAUUCCUGUGUUGGUCGGAGCACUGAGUGAGGCAAAAGAGCAGGAAUUUGGAAAACUCUUCAGUAAAUACCUAGCUGAUCCUAGUAACCUCUUUGUGGUUUCUUCUGACUUUUGCCACUGGGGUCAGAGGUUCCGUUACAGUUACUAUGAUGAAUCCCAAGGAGAAAUUUAUAGAUCCAUUGAGCACCUAGAUAAAAUGGGUAUGAACAUUAUAGAGCAGCUAGAUCCUGUAUCUUUUAGCAAUUACUUGAAGAAAUACCAUAAUACAAUAUGUGGAAGACAUCCUAUUGGCGUAUUAUUAAAUGCUAUCAAUGAGCUCCAGAAGAAUGGAAUGAAUAUGAGCUUUUCAUUUUUGAAUUACGCUCAAUCAAGCCAGUGUCGAAACUGGCAAGACAGCUCAGUGAGUUACGCAGCUGGAGCACUUAUGGUUCACUGAACUGCUGAAUGCUCAGGGAUGGCACCUGCACACACUCUGUAUACGGGGUCCCAGCCUAGCCCUUACAAAGAUACAGUCCCUGGUCUUUGGGUAUACUGAAACCUCAAACUAAUAGAACUUUCUUCUUUUCUAGUAGGUGUAGUCCUUCCUUAGUUUCAACUCAUUUAAAAAUGCUUUCUCGUUUAGGACAACGGAAGGAAGAGUGGUAUCAAAACAUUUUGUGAUUUUUAGGAAAGAUAAUAGCUGUGAAGGCAUGGGUGGCAGACAGUCCUUACAAAUGCGACAUGUAAAGCAUUUACCAUAUCCUAAAUUUGCACUCUUUGCAGACCUGUGCACAUGUACUCAGCUUUCAGAAUAGUUUUGCAAGUUGUAAAUGGGGAAAAAAAAAGGAGUGGAAGCUUUUUAAUAAAAGGAAAAAAGGAAAACAACGCAUUUAUAAAUGAUCCUGUAUUAGAAUAUAAUAAAACUCCAGUAUAGUCAGUUACUACCCGUGAUGUACAACAGAUAUCUUCUAUUUUAGUUGCUAAUAAAGGGCUACACAAACCAAAAUAGUCUGAUUUAAACUUAUUGCUUUGUGUUCUGUAUGUGGCUGCUUGUCAUUAACAUCCUUUAUCCUUAGUUCUUUGCUUGAAAUUCAGCCAUUCUGUAAAAUACUUUAGAAUGUAUUUUAUAUUCAACAUUUGUUAUGCUUAUUUCAUUUACAGAUUUUUAUCUUAAACCUGCACCGAGUUCAGCUGUGCGAAAGAAUUUUUAAAAACUUGUGUUUUAAUUGUUUUACAGAAUUACACCUUUUAAUAUGUGGUACAAAUUUGUAUCAGAAA